GAACCUGCUACUGGUUUCCCAGUCCACACACACAUACACACGCUCAGCCGCAGUCAGACAGAUCGUCUCUCCGCCGAAACGGCAGCAGGAAAAGCAAACUCUCCGCUAAGAAACUGGCAACAACUGUCGCAGAAGAGGUCGACGCGAUGUCACACACGACAUGCUACGGUUUAGCCUAAGAAGACAGCUAACAAUAAGGAAGAGACUGCUGAAAGUGGAUGAACUGUGACAGCAGCUGGAGAAAUUUUGUGGACUGCACGUGGAAAGCUACGCUGAAACAUAGGUUGGGACCAUGGGACCUAGAAGGCCGCUUGACUCAGAUUAGCUUAAAGAGUGGAUCUCGGCCUCUCCACUUUAACUGUUCACCAGCUGCUCACUCCUGCCUACUUCAGAGAUGAGUGCCAAGUCCGCCAUCAACAAGGAGGUCUUCAUACCACAUGAUGAGAAGAUGCUUGCCGCUGUGCAGGUAAAGAGGAGGACCAAGAAGAAGAUCCCCUUCCUGGCCACUGGUGGUCAGGGUGACUACAUGACCUUCAUCUGCCUCUCAGUGACAAAUAAGAAACCUUCCCACUUAUCCAUCACUAAGGUGAAGCAGUUCCAAGGAUCUUCUGCCUUCGUAAAAAGGUCACAGUGGACAAUGGACCAGCUACGGCAGGUCAACGGCAUUGACCCGAACAAAGACUGUCCAGAGUUCGACCUGAUGUUCGAAAAUGCUUUUGACCAGUGGGUUGCUGGUUCAGCAGGAGAGAAGUGCACCUUCAUCCAGAUUCUUUACCAUACUUGCCAGCGUUACAGCUCAGCGCGGAAACCAGAGUUCGUCAACUGCCAGUCCAAACUACUCGGGGAAGACCAAGCUGUAGAUUCAGUCAUUUUCCGUUGCAAGGUCUAUUUGAACAGAAUGAGGAAAGAAUUUGUUGCACACCACGGUCAUCUACUAAGACGAGGUAACAGUAUACUACACUCAGCUGCAGACAGUGUGACGAGUGCUGUACAGAAGGCCAGCCAGGCUCUGAAUGAGCGUGGCGAGCGAUUAGGUCGGGCUGAAGAUAGGACUGCAGACAUGAUGAACAGUGCCGAACAGUUCGCUGUCACUGCGCACAAGCUUGCCAUGAAGCACAAGUGUUAGACCACUGCCAAAACCAACUAGGGGGGUGGGGAUCAACAAUCGUCGCUGUACAGGAGAAGGAUUCCAGAUGUUAUUCUUUUUAAAACUUUUUAAUAUGAUUACUUAACAAUGUUAACAUAUUGUUUUGAGUUAUUGUAUUCUGGUGCAUCUAAUGAUGGUGACCCAUCGAGCGGGGGCUUAACAACGCUACUGUCUGCAGAAUGUUUCAUGCUUCUGUUUGCCAAAAAAAAAGUUACAAGGCACAGCCAUGACUGUAUUUGAUAACCACAGCCACUCAAAACACCUCCCCUUUUGAUAUGCCCAGACGCUAAUGUGACCACACACAUGCUCACAAGUCAUUAUCAAAAACCAAGACAUGGAACAUCUAGUCUCACAGGUUAUUAAUUGUUGAGGGUUAUUUAUUAGCACUGCAGUGAUUAUGAUGGAGUUUGAUUCAUGAGUGACAGACCCUCUCACAGGUUACACAGGUGUGACUUUGGAUUGGGUAGCAGUAUACUAUAUAUAUAUAUAUAUAUAUAUAUAUAUAUAUAUAUAUAUAGGUGUGGGAUAUCAGAUGAAAGAAAUAAUCACAUCUGUGGAGAAAACAACAUUAACUCUACCCCUGAACAUCAAUAAAUUCAAAAGUAUUUAUUUUCAAUUGAAUGUGUCCUCUCUUUUGAUUCUUGAACAUUGCAGUCUUUUAAUCUGUUAUGUCCAUCAUUUCAAAAUGUACAGUAUUAGUCAAAAUGUUUUCAACAUUUUAACAGCGAAAUAUUUUAUUCCUUUGUUUGACUUGUUUACCAUUAAAAAGCAACCAAAACUACAUGGAAUACAGUUGCCAACAGUUUUUGAAAUGCACUUGAAGUUUUAAACUCUGUUUUGAAAAUAAGCUUUUUAAGUAUAAUAAUUUAUGUUAAGGGGAGUGGGGGGCAAUUCAGUAAACCAACUUCUGCAUUGUAAAAAGCAAAACAUGUAAUUCUUCUAGUACUAUCUCACUGUCUGUAGAGCUCAUUUGUGCAUGGGAUGUUUCAAAUUACUCCCAGCUGUAAUUCAAUUGUAAACAUUCAAUAGCCAUAUUUUAUUGUUUUUGAAUAAUUUGGGUUGGUCAAUAUCAAGAUGUAUAUACCAAUAGGUAUAGGACACAAUGUUUCAAAUGUGACUGUAACUUUGACUUCCUCACUGGUAAGAUACCGCCCUCACAAUCGAGAUGUAUUUGAUUCUUUUUAUAUUUUGAAUUUUAUAAUUCAUGACGUUACAAUGCACCGACAACCUUAUCUUGAGUUGAGUUCAUACUGAAACUUUCAAGUUGCCUAAAUGUUACUGUGCUUGUAUUCCUCUCUCUAACACUUUGGAUGUUUAUUGUUUUAAUAAAAAUAUAUAUAUACACACACAUAGUGUCCUUUUUUAUAACCAGCUUUAACAAUUCUAUCAAACAUUGGAAUCAGAAGUUGCACAUUUGGGUGUUCUUUGAUUGUUAUUGCAUUUGUGUGUUUUAAUCACAUGGAUUUUCUCUACUCAUGAACAAUAAGCUGCCAAAAGCUUAAAGUGUCUAAAGGGUCUUUUUGUCACUUUCUCUGUCUGAUAUGCUUAUUUUCACUUCAUUCUUGAACUAUGCUCAUGUCACACUUAUCCCAAGUCUCUAUAAUACUGUAAGGUGUAAAAUAAAGUCCAAUCAAAAUAAAA